AUGGAUGACCUUUUUAAAUCUAUUAUUAAAAAUCAAUAUAUAAGAUCAAUUAUAUAUAGCCAAAUAAAAUUGAUUCAUCGGCGUAUGUUUGGAUUACAAUGCAGAACUUUUGUUUGGAAAGAGUUAAUCACUGAUGAAUAUCAACUUGCAUAUCAUGGUUAUUUCGAUAUACUUAGACAAUUAAAAGAGGAGAAUAAGAAGAAUAGCAGUAAUAGUUCUGCAAUAUCAAACUAUUUAAAUGUUUUAACAAAAGCUGUUGUUAUUAGAGGUAAUUUGGAGUUUCUUCAAUAUCUUGUGGAGCGUGGAGAGUUUCUCGAUGGAAAUGAACUUAGUUUCGCAGUGGAACACGGACAUUUUCACAUUGUCGAAUAUCUCUUGCAGCUGGAUCCAUCGGUUUGUAAACAUAAGUGGUUGCGAUCACUUUGGAUGUGUUCACAGUUUGGAUAUUCUAAGCUAUUCAUCAGGAUACUCAAACUGCAAGGAUUGUCAGCGCCUAGUAAUUUUAUAUCGAUAUGUCAAGUCGCAUUGGAAAACGGACACAAAGAACUUGGUAUGUGGAUCUUCCAGAAUCUUAGACCGCCUAUAAGAGCGGAGAUGGUUGAGGCAGCCAUCAAAUUGAAUGACUUUCAGUUGCUUGAGAAAAUAUCAAUACGUAACACCCAUAUACCGGCAUCGUUUGCACGAAUCGCUGCCCGACUAGGAAAUAUCGAAAUCCUGGAACAUCUCUACAAGCGAAACAAACGAUGUUUGAAUUCAUCGGUUGUUGACGCAGCGUUGGAAGCCAACCAAAAAGAAACGUUCUACUAUUUGAUCAGGGAGAAGAGAAUACGCUAUGGAAAGCACACGUUUCAACUUAUUGCUGCCAACGGUGACUUGGAGAUGUUGAAAGAGCUGGGUGGCGCUAAACAACAGUUCUGUGGAAAGUUGGCGUUCUCCAGUGCAGCGGAAAACAACCAUAUGCACAUCUUGGAGUAUAUCAACGGAAAAGACAGUAGAAUUCAUUGUCUACCGAGUUCACUCUUGAAAGUGAUAGAAAGAGGACAUACCGAUGUCUAUCGAUUCCUUCUGGAGCGUCAGCCCUCGAUUUUCAAUAGGAAACUACUCGACAGACUGGCGGCAAUCGGUGAUCGUUUUAUGGAUGAACUGUCACACCUUGUUUUGACAUUGAAAGUGGUGCCAUCCCCGCUUGCCUUUGAAAAUGCAGUGGUCAACAAUCAAUUCGAAACUAUUCUGUUCCUCUAUGACCAUACAGUGAUUCGUCCGGAAAUAGUUUGCAUGAGGACAGCGGUGAAGCUCCAUCACACUCAUAUCGCUCGAUGGCUGAACGACAACUGCUUCGGUAUGGAAUUCCCGUCGAUUAUCGAACCGAAUCCCUACAAUCCCGAACCGUAUUUCAAUCUGCUAAUGAUCUAUAUGGAGGUGGGAAUGACUAUCUAUUCAAUGGAUCUCGCUAUUGCAUUUGUUUAUUGUUUGGUUUUCUUUAGAUUCGAGUUGAUCGAGCAAAUUCUAGCUUAUGGCGACAACGCCAGUUUGUUGGAUGACGUUCCAUUCGUCAAGGAGCUAACAAAGUAUGUGUUCAAUCAUUAUUUCGAGAGGUUUCAAUGGAAAUCCUUCGAGUAUUUCAUUAGGAAAUUUAAAAUGGCUCGAGAAAACCUAGCUAUUUUGGAGCAUCAUCUCACCCGAAACACUUUCAUGAAAUCGAUUGCCAAUAAUCAACUGGAGAUAUGUCAUCUUCUAUUUACAUUGGCCGAACGUCCUAAAACACUAUUAACACAUAUCAUGGCAGAGAGAUCACUUCCAUUCCUCAAAUAUAUCCAUGAACAUCUUCGUCUUAGAGAUUUAGAAGAGCUUUCCAACAAAUUGAAGAUUAAAGAUCACGAAAUGCAAGCGUUUAUUGAAUACAUUAAAAAAAAUAAAUAUUUCAAUACCAAUGAUAAUUAA